GUGCAGGGGAAAAAAAAAUCCAUACAUAUGUAAUAGGGUUUUAUUUUAACUAUAUUAUAGAUGUGAAGUUUGUCAAAAUAGUUUGUUUUUUUUUAGUCAAAAAGGAUUUUCUCCUGACAUUUAUUGCUGUGUAAGUUAUUUUAUGUUACUUUUUACGGUUCCAGGACAAUGUUGAAAAGCCCGCCAGCAAGUCCACUGGUUAUGUUCUGAUAAAAAAAAUGAAGGUUAAUAUCUGAACUUAAUUCUGAUUAAAGUUAGGCUACAGCUUCUCAAACAGGCCAUUUAUGCUAGAAGCUCUUCAGUGUUUUGGGAUUAAAACAACUCUGCAAAGAAUACUGGGUAAAACCUUCAAGUUAUCUCUUUCUGAUCUUAAAAUGACUUUGGUCUAAAUCAUGUAACAAAAAUGGAAAAAAAGUCAGUAAAGGGGACAAACACUUUUUCAUAACCCUGUAUAAAAUCUCCAAAUGGAGGCUUGCUGAUGAGAUGCUUAAACAGCUGGGUUACUCUUUUGGAUGGAGAAAAAGCAUCAGUUCCCCCUAGCAGCUCCCCACAGGUGAUGGAUGGUAUACAUUUUUUGUACUCUGAAAUGUCACCUGGGUAUAUUUUGACUGGAUUGUUUUUAUUGUAUGGUCACAUUUCUGGCAACAGCUUUAAAAGUGUGUCACUACCUGUAUUUCAGUCCAACUUCAUAACAGGAAUUGCAAACUUAAAGGUAACAGAGUAUUGUCUAACACUGACCACCUUAUGGAGGAAACAUGUUUCUGUUGCUUGUCUCUGACUUGUUUGUUGUUGCUCAGAACCAUAGGGGAAGGUCGUGACAGUAACAAACCGGUAAAUGGAAAUUCUCACAUAUCUGGCUUUGCGCUUUUUUCACUAGUGAAUCACGAACGAUCUGAUUUUUUUUUUUUUUUUACCCCUCCAAGGGUUCUUUUGUGGACCCUAGUGUCCCAGGAAAGGACAUGCGGCAAGUAUCAUCGGGUCUGAGAGUCGAACCCGCGACGGCCGCAUCGAGGACUCAAGGUCUCCAAACAUGGGUUGCGCUAACCACUACGCCACCACGGCACGCCCUGAUCUGAUUCUUUUGAACAGCUCUUUACCAUGAAUGACAGGACUCGUUACUCCUUGGUUCAUACACAUUUGGGACAUUCUUCACAUGGUUUGGCUCGUGGACAUUGGCUGAGAGCUGCAUUAACAGUUCUAAUGGACAACAGGAGACGACUGAAGGACAUCCUCAUCUGCGUUUUGGUAGGAGUGACAGUGGUCAUCAUUUACCUUACCUCGGAAUACAAGCCUGAUCACUUGUAUGGUCCAGCAAACAAAAAGUCCAAUGCCACGGCCUCUUCGCUGCCUGAGCCAAAGUGGGAGGACCCAGGCCCAUACCAUGUGGCCUACCCACGGAAGUACAGAUUCGUCAUGGAUAACUCUCCAACGUGCAAGACCGCCACUCCGUUCCUGAUCUUGAUGGUUCCCGUUGCUCCUGCCAAUUUGGAAGGUCGGGACACCAUCCGAAGGACGUGGGGGGGUAAGAAAAUGGUCCUCGGUCGGCUGGUUGAGACCGUCUUCAUAGUGGGGCUACCUGGAGGGGUUGAUGCCAACCAGCAGCAGGCGAGACUGAAACAGGAGAGCGAGCGGUAUCGUGAUCUCAUCCAGAGUAACUUCCAGGACAGCUACCGCAACUUGACCAUCAAGACCAUGGUCAUGCUGGAGUGGCUGGCUCAGCACUGCGCCAAGGCCAGCUUUAUGAUAAAAAUCGACUCGGAUAUGUUACUGCAUGUUGAUAAUUUGGUUGCAUUGUUACUUGACCCGGAGACGCCUAAGGAAAACUACAUGUCGGGUUUGGUUUGGUGGCACAGCCCAGUUUCAAGAAACCCUUUCAACAAGUUCUACAUGCCAAGCCAUGUGAUCGCCGAGCCGGUGUACCCCCCCUACCCUCUGGGCAUGGCUUACGUCAUGUCUCUGGAUCUACCCAAGAAGAUCCUGAGCGUCUCGCCUCACAUCAAACCCAUCAACAUUGAAGACGCAUACCUGGGCUUGUGCCUGAAUCGUUUGGGUGUCUCUCCUACCAACCCUCCUGAUCAGAGGAUGUUUCAGGUCAUCCCCAGGCAUCCUCUGAGCAGAUGCAAUCUCUCCAAAGUGAUCGCCACGACUACGACGAGCAUGUCACAAAUGCAAAUCUACUGGCAGAGGAUCAUGCAGGGAGUUCACUGCUGAGCCUGAUUUGAAUAUUGAUUAUUUUUGAAUGGUUUGGCAGUUUCUGGUUCAUUCUGGUUCACAGAAGGAAGCUAUAGUCCCAUCCCCAUGGGAUAAGCAUUAUGUGGAAGGUCACAAACAGAGGAAUGGUAUUCUUACCAUUGCAAUAAUUUUACUCUUCGGCCUUUUCUUUUUGAUGCUGUACGUUACAGGUCGACAGGGAUUUGCUGGCUCGGAGGCUGCGUUACAAGCCAACGCAGCCUCCGUUCUUAGCUUUUGGCUAAAGAAUGCAUUUUUUAGCCAAAUGCAUUCCUAUGGCCAUAUGAAUGUAGCCAGGAAAACAAAAACGUCUAACAUUUUGGAUCCCACCCAUUUCUGUCCAUGUUUUUUUUCCCGUUGAUUUGCACAGGAUUAACAAAGCAGACAAUCCAUGUAAUUAUUACAAAUAGCAUUGGUCCAUAAGUAAAACUAAUCCCAUGUGAAAAGGGCUUAAUGUUGUUUUAAAUUAUUUUACUAGGCUUUGAAGUAAGUUUUUUUUUUUUUUUAACUUAUGUAUAGAGAGCAGUCAUUCUUCUAUGCACACAAAUAUUUUUACAUUCAGUUUGUAUUUGGCUGCUAUCUGUGUAGAGUUUUGAACUUUCUUCCCUUUGGAGGCAUAGAUAUUUUUCAGUGUAUUCCAGGUUACUAAAAACCAUGCAUGUUAAGCUGCAGUAACAGAUUAUGGAGGCCCAAAUAUAAACUUACAAACUCUGAAGUUGGUGUUGAAUGUGGAUAAGACAAAAGCAAUGGUUUUCUCACCUGCUAGAAAACUACCAGAAACCUCCCUAUUGCUUACCACUGCUGCAGGAGCACAAAUCGAGUUUGUCAGUAAUUAUAAAUAUCUUGGUUUUAUUCUAGAUAAUGAACUCUCUUUUAAAAAUCAUAUAGCAAAUCUACUACGGACAUUGAAAAUGAAGAUUGGGUUUUAUUAACGAAAUGGAUCUUGUUUUACACGCAAA